CACGUGCCUCCUCCUAAUCACCACCCAGGUUCUCCCGUGCUGCAGUGACAUCAUUAGCGGUCACGAAAGAACAGUGCCAGCCACCGACCACAGAAAAGUUCAUCGAUUUAUCCUUUUUACGCAUAUUUGGAAUAGAAACUCUUGUCUACCUGCGCGAGGGUUCCCAGAAAAAAAGAGAGAGAAGGGUUACACCAGGAUGCAGACAUCAAACGUCGACCUCUAAAUGUGACAUGAUCCACCGGAUUAUCAAACGCACAUCGCACUUUCUCAGAGAAAACGGAAGGUAACGACUAAACCGAAGAAUACUAAUAUUUCGCCGUGUUCCUUGUACCAUAAAUCCAUAACUAAGAGUAUCAUAUAUACAAUUAUUCGCAAGAGUCUGAGUUUCGGAAAGUGCUCUAACCUUUACUAAAAACAUGGCUACAUUAAUUCGAAGCAAGAUUUCCAACGCAGCUUCGACCGUUACUAAUAAAUCUCAGGCGAAGGUCAGUGGUCUCUUCGCUAGAAUGGGUUUCCAGGCUGCCACGGACGAAGAGGCAUUGGGAUUCGCAGCCUGUGACGAUCUGGACUAUGACCACAGGCAAGGAUUGCAGAUGGACAUUAUAAAAAAUGAGGAAAUAGGAGAAACAGCUGGCGUCGAUAACGCGGGAGAUGGGAAUAUAGACGGUGAUAGUCACUACCAGAGAGAUGGCACAGGUCCUCCACCCUCUGUGGCAAAAGAUGGGGAUAUCUGUAGCGAGUUUGGUUCUUCAGACAAGCCGAAAAUCACUGCUUGGGAAGCAGGAUGGAACGUCACUAAUGCUAUCCAGGGAAUGUUUGUACUUGGGUUACCAUACGCCAUUCUCCACGGUGGAUAUCUUGGACUUUUUCUUAUAAUUUUCGCUGCCGUUGUAUGUUGUUACACGGGGAAAAUCCUUAUCUCUUGCCUCUAUGAAGAAAACGAAGACGGACAACUGGUGAGAGUGAGAGACUCGUAUGUUGACAUUGCCAAUGCUUGCUGUGCACCUAGAUUUCCGGCACUAGGAGGUCACAUCGUGAAUGUAGCCCAGAUAAUUGAGCUCGUCAUGACUUGCAUCUUAUACGUCGUAGUGAGUGGAAACCUCAUGUAUAACAGCUUUCCAAACCUUCCUGUCUCCCAGAGAUCAUGGGCCAUUAUCGCCACCGUCGCGCUUCUGCCUUGCGCUUUUCUCAAAAACUUAAAAGCCGUUUCCAAGUUCAGUCUGCUCUGCACCCUCGCUCACUUCGUGAUCAACAUACUAGUGAUAGCCUACUGUCUGUCGAGAGCACGAGACUGGGCCUGGGAUAAGGUUAAAUUCUACAUCGACGUGAAGAAAUUUCCUAUAUCUAUUGGUAUCAUUGUCUUCAGCUAUACCUCGCAGAUCUUCUUACCAUCAUUGGAGGGUAACAUGCAGAAACCUAGCGAGUUCCACUGCAUGAUGAACUGGACUCACAUUGCCGCAUGCAUUCUCAAAGGCCUGUUUGCUCUAGUGGCAUAUCUGACGUGGGCAGACGAAACCAAAGAAGUUAUCACAGACAACUUGCCGUCAGGAAUCAGGGCCGUUGUUAACAUCUUCCUGGUCUCUAAGGCCCUGCUAUCAUAUCCACUGCCGUUUUUCGCUGCUGUUGAGGUGCUAGAGAAGACUUUUUUUCAGGAUGGGCGGCGCGGGUUUUUUCCAGAUUGCUACGGAGGUGACGGACGCCUUAAAUCAUGGGGUCUGUCUCUGCGAUGUGGUCUUGUAGUGUUUACCAUGUUAAUGGCUAUAUACGUGCCGCACUUCGCAUUACUCAUGGGGUUAACAGGCAGCCUGACAGGCGCGGGCUUGUGUUUUCUCCUCCCUAGUCUAUUUCACCUCAAGCUGCUUUGGAGGAAAUUACUUUGGCACCAAGUCUUUUUCGAUGUCGCUAUAUUUGUUAUUGGAGGUAUAUGCAGUAUUUCUGGUUUCAUUCAUUCAAUGGAAGGUCUCAUUGAAGCGUUCAAAUACAACAUAGAAGAUUAGUAGCGAGAAACACCAUCGCAUGUAUGGUGACGUCUCAGAAGAGAAGAGGCACCAAAAUCUAAACAAGUUGUUUAGAUUCUUUAAAUGUCGUCGUUUUCACAUAUGUUAAAGCGAAAAAUGUCAAGCAAAACCAAUACACAUUCAAGCCCCCAAAAUAUAUAAAAUAUACACACUGACUAAUGUCUCAAAUCACUAACUAACUCAAAUAGCGAUUACCCCUUACAUACACAUAUGCACGUGUGUGUGUGUGUGUGUGUGUGUGUGUGUGUGUGUGUGUGUGUGUGUGUGUGUGUGUGUGUGAAAGAGAGAGAGAGCGCGAUCAUAAUAAAGAUGCAUUUACAUAUAUAUUUUUUCUGUAAGUCAGCCAUAAUUGUACAGAAUAUAUCGAAGAGAGAAUUGUAUAUUUCACAACCCAGCAUUUCGAACAAGGGAUAAGAUUUAUAUGUCUACGUUUCUGAUGCAUAAACUGCUCGACGUUAAUUUAAAUACUACCAUACUACUACUACUACUACUACUAAAAUACUACUACUACUAAUAAUAAUAAUAAUAAUAAUAAUGAUGAUGAUGAUGAUGAUGAUGAUGAUGAUGAUACUUAUAAUAAACAACUAUUUGGAGAAAAAAUAAAAUAUUUUUAAUUCUAUGGUCGAUAUUCCCUCUGUUCAUCAUAAUAAUUAUAUUAAUAAAUUAACAUAAGAAAAUAGGGCUGCGUACAUACAGGACUACUAUAGCUAUGCAUUCUAAAUGUAUUACGUUUCAUGCAGCAUUAAAUAUAUUUUGAGGAAUCGUAACAAAGGUGAUCUUCCGCACCAAAAAAUGUACACAUUCGGAUGUUACAGAACAAUGAUGCACAAAAUACACACUACAUAACUGCUAAUAUAUAAAGAAAGAAAGAAAGAAAGAAAGAAAGAAAGAAAGAAAGAAAGAAUAUUUCAGUUGGCAUAAAAUUAGUGGGGGCAGUUAGAAUACCGUAUAACACAACAUCUAAUAUCGAAUAGCCUAUAAUUUCAUUAUUGUUUACCCUGUCGAUCAGAUGAUGUGGUAUUAAGGCUAAUACCGACAUUUUCAAUUAUAUUGAAAGUAAUACG